UUGUUUUCUUGGUGGCACUGUCAUUGUUCUGCUGUAUUUUAUACAUAUCCUCACGGGAAAAUUUCCUGGUGGUACUGAUCAUCAUCGCUGAGCUUUCACUGCAGAAAGUAAUCAAGAAGACUCAUACUUUACAGAGGUCGUUCUUCUUUUCUUUCAAGAUAAUCUUUUUAUGUAUUUCUUGAUUACAUCUCGUUAUUAUCUUCAAGCUCCAACACCACAUCCUGUUCUCGCUCUCAUCUUUGUUUGUUGGGAUUUCUGUGUUUUUUUAGACUUAUUUUUGUUAGGUUACUUUAAGGUUCUAAGUUCAUUAGUAUAUUCAGUAAAUUCCUAAUUCUAGGUAAAGCUUUUUUGCCUUUUAUCCAUGGAAUUUUAAAUUGUUUUGAGUUUCGAUAUUGUUUAAGGGUACUUGAGUAAUAAGAUCGGUGUCAAUAUCAUUCUGGGGUUUUGUUUGAUGACCACAAUUGAACUUGCAAGUCUGAUUGUAUUUUGACUUGGUUUUGGAAUUUUAAAGAAGUUGAAGGACAAUACUAAUACUAUAGCAUGACGAUUAAGUUGCCUUAUUGCGUUUAUUCCAAUAGAUCUCUAGAAUUAAUUUCUUUAGAAGUUCGUAUGUUUAUAACACCUAUCUGAUCUUGAUGUCAGCUGUGAUGGGUAUAUAUUUGAGUUCACCAAAAACAGAGAAAUUUUCCGAUGAUGGUGAGAACAAUAGGCUUAGGUUUGGUCUGUCUUCUAUGCAAGGAUGGCGUGCUACGAUGGAAGAUGCUCAUGCAGCAAUUCCUUUUUUGGAUUCUUCGACAUCAUUCUUUGGAGUUUAUGAUGGCCAUGGAGGUAAGGCAGUUUCGAAAUUCUGUGCCAAGUACCUUCAUCACCAAGUCCGCAAGCAUGAGGCGUAUUUGGCUGGCGAUAUUGGAACUUCAGUGCACAAGGCGUUUCUCAGGAUGGAUGAGAUGAUGAGAGGACAGAAAGGGUGGAGGGAAUUGGCUGUUCUAGGGGAUGCAAUAAAUAAGUUUUCGGGCAUGAUAGAGGGUCUCAUAUGGUCUCCAAGAGGUGGAAACAGAAAUGAACUAGUCGAUGAUUGGCCAUUUGAGGAGGGUCCACAUUCUGAUUUUUCUGGCCCGACUUCUGGUUCAACUGCUUGUGUUGCCAUCAUUAGGGACAACCAGCUCGUUGUUGCAAAUGCUGGCGAUUCUCGCUGUGUAGUUUCCAGAAAUGGCCGAGCAUACAACCUUUCAAGAGACCACAAGCCUGAUCUUGAGGUUGAGAGAGAGAGAAUUUUGAAAGCUGGAGGUUUUAUCCAUGUCGGCCGUGUCAACGGAAGUCUAAAUCUUUCAAGAGCCAUAGGUGAUAUGGAAUUCAAGCAGAACAAGUUCUUACCAGCCGAAAAACAAAUUAUUACAGCCAAUCCAGAUGUUAAUAUUGUUGAACUUCAUGACGACGACGAAUUUAUUGUGCUUGCUUGUGAUGGCAUUUGGGAUUGCAUGUCAAGCCAGCAACUAGUAGAUUUUAUAAUCGAGCAGCUGAAAUCUGAAAGCAAGCUUUCGGCAGUCUGUGAAAAAGUGUUUGACAGAUGCCUGGCACCAUCCACAGCUGGAGGCGAGGGCUGCGACAACAUGACUAUGAUACUGGUGCAACUUAAGAAGCUCUCAGAAUCAGGCAUGUCCUCGGCAUGACUGUUCGGAUGUUUCAUUCAUGUAAAGACUUUGGGAUUCUGUUUCUUGUACCAUAAAUGUUUGUACAGGUCAUAUGAUUCAAUUACAGUUUCGAACUUUGGUGAUUAGGACAUCAAAAAUAGUAAUUUCGAACAAGAGAUGAAAUGAAAGAAUGAAUUAAUAAUAUUAAUCAA